GUUUGCUUUCCUGAGACCAGUGAUCCAGUGUUACAUGUUACUCUUCUUGGUGGUGAGUGGGGUUCAUCUGCUGGUGGUUUGUCAACCAUAAACAGAGAGCUUGCAAUUCACCUUUCAAAUCAUUCAGCGGUGAAGGUUUCCUUACUAGUCCCAGAAGGAGCUUGCAACACUGAAGAAAUAAGAGAAGCGGAUGGCUAUGGAAUCACUAUUGUUGAGGCAAAAGAACGUGCAGCAUUUGAUCGUCUUGAUUGGCUAAGCUCACCACCCAAGGAUCAUGUUAUGGACAUCGUUGUUGGCCAUGGUGUAAAACUUGGUCGGCAGGUACAAUUCAUUAGAGAAUCUGCUCAAUUUCCAAAUUGUAAGUGGGUACAAGUGGUGCAUACUGCUCCAGAGGACCUGAGCAGAUACAAAUGCUACAGUGACCCCAUUUCAAAAGGUGAAACAAAACACGAAUCAGAAGUUGAACUUUGCAAACUUGCAGAUCUUGUAGUCCCUGUGGGACCCAGACUGAAAGAAGCGUAUGCUUCAUAUUUACAGCGAUAUAAGACAGGUCAAGACGUUUUGUCCAUUACUCCAGGCCUUUUUCAGAGGGAGUUUGGGGAUUUAAUACAAACCCGUAAUGAGCAUGCUGAGUUUAAAGUACUGCUAUUUGGUCGUGGUGAUGAUGAGGACUUUGAACUUAAAGGAUACAACAUUGCUGCUCAAGCAUUCACUGAUCAGCGGUUAAAAAACAAACCUUACCAUCUAAUUUUUGUCGGAGCACCUGAAGGAAAGCAAGAAAAAGUUAGAGAAAAACUUCUUCAGCGUGAAAUUGCAGAAGCACAGUUGACUGUUAGAAAAUUUUUGCAAAGUAGAGAGAAACUGAAAGAUUUGUUGUGUGAAGCUGACCUUGCUAUCAUGCCAUCAAAAUCAGAGGGAUUUGGUCUUGUCGCACUUGAAGCCUUGUCUGCAGGUUUACCCAUUCUUGUUGGUAGUAAAUCGGGAUUUGCCAAAGCAUUAGAGAAUGUUCUUCAUGGUAAUGCAUGCAUCGUGAAUUCGGAUGAUCCUGCAGAAUGGGCAAAAGCAAUUGAAGCUGUUCGUAUCAGGCAUGGAAUGAGGCUUCAAGAGAUAAAAUCCCUGAGAGCAUCAUAUGAGGAGAUGUACAGUUGGAAGAAGCAAUGUGAAGCCCUUGUGAACAGAAUGUGGAAAGUGAGUCAUGGUAAGAGUUAA